CUUCGUUGGGUAAAACCCUUCAUUAGUCUACGGUGGGUCCUGAGGGCGGACUAUCAGCCUUAUAAUACGGAUUCGUGCGUGACUGUCUUAUGAACGAGUUGACGAAGGUUUUUCUUUCUUUUGAAGUGAAGGAGAUCGUAUCGUUCUCACCUUAAAGGUAACAGAUUGUAUCAAAGUAUUUUGAAGCCAACAACGUGAAGGGUCAAGGAGUAUCUGAAGAAUAGACUAGCGAUGUGUCAAGAAUUUCACUGCAACUGUUGUUCGGAUGAAUUACCCGAAGACUCUUGCGAAUGCGGCGAUUGUUACCAUGGAGAUCAAAAUUUGGACGAUGCUUUUCCCUUCCUGAAAGAUGGUGAGAUUGCAACUAAGUGUAAUUCUGAGGCAAAAUGGCGUAGUAGUUUGAAUUCCAUAGAUCUAUAUCCGUCCAAAACUUGUGGUAACGAAGAAAAGAUGAGCAAGCCAUGCUGUGCUUCUGCAUCAGGACUAACUGAAAGCUGUUGUGAGGAUGGGAAAGAUUUGUAUGGAGAAGAAGUGGCAAGAAACCCGUGUACGUCUUCUUGUUCAAAACAGCCCAGGAGCUGCAGCGAUGACGAGAUGGAUUCUUGCAAUGAAGAAAGUCAGUGUAGUCCUUGGCCUUCUGCUUCAGCAACCAAGCAGUUAAGCGAUGAAGCAGCCGACUCUUGCCGAAGUAAGUGUUGCUCGGAUACUAUCAACGAGGGAAGAAGAGAUGAACCUGUCAAAGGCAGCUGCUGCUCUCAGGUGAAGUCACCACAAGAGAAAGAGGACACUUCAAGCGAAAAAACGUCAGGGCAACUAGCACAAACUAAUACCACUACUGAGAGGGAAAUCCCACAGAGAAAUUCAACUGAAUCCGGUGGGCCUUCGAGAAACCCCAGCCUUGAUUGUUGUGGAAGAACCGUUGAAGAUGACUGUGGGGAUUCUUGUCAAACGAGUGGCAACUGCACGGAUAAAGACAGUGGUAGACCGUCCAGUUCAGCGGGUGCGAGCUCCGUGUUAACUCGCUGCGAAACUGGUGGCCCCUGUCGAACUUCACGUGGUCAGGUGACAUGUCAGUUACGCAAUCCACGAUUGACUAUCACGUGUUCUCCGGUGGAAGACAAUUGCUGUCAGAGUCAAGCUUGUAAUGGUUUCACGCUGAAACCACGUGGGGACGAUUGCUGCCAAAAAUCCCAGCUUAAAUUGUCAGUUGAGCAACUUUGCGAUGGAAAUCGAUCUGUCAACAGGAUCUCAAUGACAGACCGCAGUGGUUUUUAUCCUAUCACCCCUCCCUUGUCACCAGGUAUUCAGGAACUCGACGACAGCUCGAAGAAGAAACCCGUGAUACGCCAAAGCACCACCAAACUACGAGUGCAGAACAUUUGCUGUGCAAUGGAAAGUGCACUCGUUCAAGAAUCCUUGGAACCAUUAGAAGGCGUGAAAUCGAUUGCAGUCAAUGUGAUCGGGAGAGUCGUGUAUGUCCGUCACGACCCGGAAGUGACGUCCGCUACCGAGCUUGUCAGUACACUCAACCGCAUGCAUUUGGGGGCUAGCAUCAUGGAGACUGGGUCCCGACAAUACGACGAAGAUAAUAAAAGUCUCCCGCCGUCCUUAUCGACUUUUCUGAUUUAUCUUUUGUUCCAAACCGUUCUCCUGAUGACAGGCGUUGUGGCGUUCUUCUGUGAUGCCUCCUGGUAUAAAUGGCCGGCCAUUGCGGAAAUUGUGUUCGGUAUAUUUCCAGUCCUCAAGAAAACGUAUGUUUCUAUCAAGACCUGUAGCGUCGACAUCAACAUUCUAAUGCUUAUCGCCAUAGGGGGAACGCUUGGUAUUGAGGAGUGGCUGGAGGGUGCCGCUGUAGUUUACGUAUUCUCGUUCGCCGAGGCCCUGCAAAAUUUUUGCAUGUACAAAGUCCAGCGGACAAUCUCUGGGCUCAUGCUCAAAGCACCACAGGCGGCGAUAUUAGCGAACACUGGCGAAUCUGUAUCGGUGGAAUCAGUUGCCAUAGGAACUGCCAUCGCCAUUAGGCCAGGAGAGCUUAUUCCUUUGGAUGGUGAAGUUGUAAAAGGACGAGCUGCUGUAGACGAAAGUUCGGUAUCUGGCGAAUCUGUGCCUGUCGAGAAGACUGUGGGAUCCAAAGUUUUCAGCGGAACAGUCAAUCAAAAUGGCUACUUGGAAGUGAAGACCACAUCAGACGCGUCAUCUUCUACAGUUUCUAGAGUUGCUCAGCUUGUUCAAGAAGCCCAGACUAGUUCAGCAAGAACCGAAGUCGCCAUAAACCGGUUUGCCAAGUAUUACACUCCAACUCUGGUCGUUGUUGCGACUCUGGUAUUUGUUAUUCCAGCCAUUCUCGGUGCUGCAGGCGUGGGAACCUACUCACAGGAGUUAAAGAAGUGGGGAGUACGGGCCCUUGUUCUUCUGGUCACAGCGUGCCCCUGCGCUCUUGUUAUGUCCACCCCUAUUGCUGUGAUCUGUAGCAUCACUGCUGCUGCGCGUAAAGGAGCUCUGAUUAAAGGUGGAGUUCACCUUGAAACCCUGGCUCAGUUGCAGGUUCUUGCGUUUGAUAAAACUGGAACAUUGACUGAAGGAAAGUUUCAAGUUGUUGAUAUAGAUUGCGUUUUUGGAGUGCGCGAACGAGCAGCCUUACGCUUAGCAGCUGCGCUCGAGAGCAAGUCCAGCCACCCACUUGCGGCAGCCAUUGUGAAGGAAUUUAGUGGUUGUGUUGCAGAAAUGGUCAAGUCUCGAUCUUCCAGCCUUCCUGAAGUGACACGCUUUAAACUUCACGAAGGACAAGGUGUUUCCGGUUAUGUCGAUGGUCAAUUUGUACAGAUCGGCAAUUAUGAAUUCCUUAAUAAUGUUGGCAACAAAGCACUGUAUAAGUGUAUGGAAGAAAAGUAUAUCACUUGGUGUAACGAGAGUAAAACUGUGAUCUUCGUGGCUGUGGAUGGUAAGUUGGCCAUGAUGAUUGCUCUUGCUGACACCAUCAGACCAAACAGUCUCAGUGCGUUGGACUGGCUACGAAAAGCUCGUGUCCAGACUGCCAUGAUCACCGGUGACAACUCUCGUACAGCCAUGGCCGUGAAGAGUAAAUUAGGCUUAGUCGAGUGCAUCGCCGACAUGAAACCUCAGGACAAAUUGUUGUGGAUCAAGGAAAGACAAGGUGGAACGCAAAGCGAGGAAUGCGAGAUGCAUGGCGAGGAUCAACAGGCUAGGGAAUGUGUGUUACCGUGUGCUUUUUGCUGUCCCCGUCGCCGCUACAACGUUGUCAAAUCAGGUAACAGCGACAAAAACAUAGUGGGUAUGGUCGGCGAUGGCGUCAAUGAUGGUCCAGCCCUGGCCGCAGCGAACAUUGGGAUUGCAAUGGGCGCUGGCGGAACGGCUUUAGCAGUGGAGGCGGCGGAUGUGGCCCUGAUGAGCAACAACUUAGCGAAAAUACCGGAACUGGUACUACUCGGCCGUUUCUGCAGUCGUGUUGUAGCAGAAAACAUCUCGUUCUCCAUAAUUCUGAAGUUGGCCAUCGUGAUCACUGCCCUGGCAGGGAAGGCUGCCUUGUGGAUGGCUGUUCUGGCAGACGUGCUCGGUUUGCUGUUCGUUAUUGUGAAUGGUUUGAGACCCCUAAGGUGGAAUGUUGUCAAGAAUGAAAUAGCGUUUCCUGCUAUCGCUCGGCCAUCCUAUUACUACGAAUCGUAUGUCUAGACGAGGACCUUCAAGGAAAAAUGUGAUGUGAUUUUUUUCUUUGGCAUUUAUGAUCCCCUAGUUUUUUUAAGUACUCAGGACAGAACAGAUUGUCAAUUGAUUGCAGUGGACAAAUUGAAAGAUCAAUGCCUUCAAUUUAUACAGACUGAAUUUUUCAAAUUAAGAUAUGAUUAACGUGAUCAAAUUUGUACGUUCGUAUAUUAUACGUUAAUUUCCUAUAUGAUCGAUGAUUGAUAAACACUACAUAACUAAAAAAUACAAGAACAAAAAGAAACGAAUUUUCAAACGUUAAAGAUUAUUGAAUGAGACUUAUUAUUAACUUCGCUCUUGCUAUGAUGAUCUCGUCAGGUUUGACACGCUCAAUAACUCCGUGAAAAACUUUAAAAAGAUUAUUCAAAUAAUGCAAUUAGUAGGUUUGAAAACUUUAAGAUAUUGCGUCUACCAAAGACAAUCAUAGAUUCAGUGGUUAGUACUGUCUUAAGGCAGUUUCUCAAUUUUUUGUUGUUAAUUCCUUCAUGAAUCGAUGCUAAAACGCAUUUUUGUAAGUUUCUUUAAGAAUGGUGUAGAACAAAUGCCUCAAUUUUGCUCAAUAAAUUCUGUUAUGGUCUUUCACAUUACUUACGUGAAGGCUUGCCAAAGCAACACGAAAGCGUUCUAGAAAAAGCAUAAUUUUACUUUUAUGCGUCAGUAACUCUUCACAAUCUAGAGUUACGAGUGCAAAAGCAUAAAAAGCAAAAUUCAGAGUAUUAAGUGUAUUUCGGUGGGAAAAAAUACAGUAACAUUGUUUUAUGGUU